UCUGGGUUCAAAGGUCGGGAGUUGUUUACCGUCCGACCUCGGAGUGGGGGGAGAAAAGAAGAGAAGAGAAGAUGGCUCUUAGACCGUUAGGGAGACAGUUAAGUCGCUCAGGUCUUCUCUGGAAAGCCGCCUCCCAGCCUAAGAGUCUAAGGAACCUCUCCCAAGGCCUGCAAAAUGCAGGGAACGGCCGAAGAAGGCUCUAUUUUCUGGUGGGCGUCGGCUCGUGCGCGGUAGGUACAGUAUGGUGGUUUAGAAAAGCCCGAGAAGAAGGUGAAGGCGGAGUUCUGCCCGUGGCGAGGGCCGGAGGGAGCGAGAAAGUGGAGGAAAAGCCGGUGAAGGUGUCCGGUAGAGAGCUGCGAUACAAGUCGUUUGCUUCCUACGUCUACAAGGGAGAGCCGUACAUGAGUGCACGUGACUUUCUGGAUUCUCUCAUCAGAGAUGGACCGAGAUCGGUGGAUAAAGAGGUCAUAGACGACAAGAUAUUGGACAAGAUGCUGUGGGGUACUCCGGGCAGGAGAAAAGGCUCAGACCAUCUCUUCAAGGACAUGUGGAAUAGCAGUGUUCUGAGCUACGGUGACUACCUCUUUCUGCUGACAGCUCUCAUCAAGACAAGGAGGCAGUUUGAAAUAGCAUUCAGGAUGUACGAUGUGGACAACAGUGACUUCAUAGACCACGAAGAAUUCUCACGCGUGGAGAAGAGUGUCACUGCUCAGAGAGACAAUGCCAUGAUAGAGCAGAAGAGGCUGGCCAAGAGCUCCCUCUCUGUCCACUUCUUUGGCUACAGAGGCAACCAGAGACUCUUCUCCAGAGAUUUCUUCAAAUUUCUGGAGGACCUUCAGUCUGAAGUCAGGCGAAUGGAGUUUGACCAGUACUCUGGCAGCAGUCCCACCAUGUCAGAGGAGGACUUUGCUCGAGUUCUCCUGAGGCACACCACGUGGGACCUCGACCCCGUCUUCAAGAGACUGCGCGGGAGACCGCCAUCUCUUGUUAGUUACUGUCACUAUUACAGUAGAGCAUAAUGGGGAGAAAACAGUUCUUUUGCUGCAAAAACGUCUGAGUAAGGGACACCUUGAGAAAAUUUAACGUGUCCUUUAUUCAGGUCAUUUUAUUCAGAUGGGGUAUACUAUGGUAGGGGGCAGAACAAUGUGUCCUUUAUAGGGGGUGUUCUUUAUUUGGAGGUCCUUUUCGGAGUUUUCAGUUUUAACCUCCGGAUAAAAGAACCAUGUGUCCUGGUUUGACUUUUAUUUUCACUCUCUCCUCAUGUCGUCCCUUUCCCUCUUCCUCCCUGGCCUCACCAUCUCCACUCCCGUGCAGGGAAUCUCAUUCCAACAGUUCAAUGACUUUUGCCAGCUGCUCAACUCGCUCGAGGACUUCUCCGUUGCCAUGACAAUGUACACCAUCGCCGGGCAACCGGUCUCCGAGGAGGAAUUUGGACGAGCCGCGCACAUCUGUCUGGGGAAGCCCCUGGAUCCGAACCUCGUUAGCACCGUGUUUGAAAUCUUUGACAAAGACGGUGACCAUAAACUGAGCUAUAGGGAGUUCAUAGCGGUCAUGAAAGGAUGGAAACUCAGAGGAUACAAGAUGAGAGAGAAGAAGCAGCUGGGAGGUCCACUAGAAGAGUUCAAGGCUUGUGUCAAGAUGGAAAUGAGAGACAAAUAGCGUUUCAAUGUACACUAUGAUAAUGAGCAAUUUCUUGGUGAUUGUCAAAUAUUAUUCUUUCUGCAGCAGAUAUUUUGAUGAUGAGCUCUGGGUACACCUAAUGCAGCAAACCGAUAAUAGUAUUACAUAU